AAAAAGCAGAGCCAUUUCAAAUUCUCGCCUAGUGUUACUGUUUUCCUUUUCCCCCAAAAUUUAAAACCCCCAACAUUUCCGCCAUUUCCGACGGAGAAGCCACCACCACCACCAACAAUGGACACCGCUACCCCAAAAUCAUGCCCUUACACCGUCACCGUUCGCCGGAACCCUCCCCGGAGAGCUCGCGCUACCCCACUACCACAAGGUUCAAACAUAUACGGAAUCACACCAUUUCCUAACGACGAUUUGUUAUCUCAACAAAUACCACAAAAUCCUUCAUCAACAUCGGAGAACGAGAAUCUGAAAGUUUUCCUCAGAAUCAGACCUUUUCAAUCUCCCACUCAAGCUCCCCAAGCGAGAGCAAAAACCGCUUGGCCUAAAAACCCAGCGAAAAAGAUCACAACAUCAGGGAUUAACUCUACCAAGAAGAAGAGCUAUUCUUCUUGCAUUUCGAUUAACGAUUCGGAAUCAGUAACGUUAUUAGUUCCUUCUGAUUUGCAAGAAUCGAAGAGACUGAAAUCAGAAACUUACGGUGGUUUCACUCACGUUUUUUCUUCUGAUUCAUCUCAGGUUGAAGUAUAUGAUAGAAUGGUGAAACCAAUGGUGGAUGAGUUUAUCAAGGGUAAAAGUGGAAUGUUGGCUGCAUUGGGUCCUAGUGGUUCCGGUAAGACUCAUACCGUUUUCGGAACCCCAAGGGACCCUGGUAUGGUGCCUCUUGUUUUGCGACAUAUUUUCAAAGAGACGGAGUCUGCUAGAUCCUUUUACAUAGCUAUAUUUGAGAUAUAUACUGAACGAGGAAAAGCAGAAAAACUGUUUGAUUUAUUACCAGAUGGCGGCGAACUAAGUAUGCAACAAUCCACCAUAAGAGGCCAAAAAGAGGUUCUCAUCUCUAAUGCUGAACAGGCAGAAUCCUUGAUAGCACAUGCUGUGAUAAAACGUGCAACGGCAAUGACAAAUACAAACAGUCAGUCAAGUCGGUCACAGUGCAUCAUAAGCAUUCGUGAUGUUCCUAAAAAAUGGAAAGGAGUGGUCAAUUAUAAGUCAAGCGAUGCUGUUUUGACUAUCAUUGACCUUGCUGGAGCAGAAAGAGAAAAAAGAACAGGAAAUCAGGGGACAAGAUUGGUUGAAAGCAAUUUUAUCAACAACACAUUGAUGGUGUUUGGCUUAUGUUUAAGAUCUCUAUUGGAGCACCAAAAAAAUCCCAAGAAACAAUUGCAGAAGCACUUUCAAAAUUCUAUGUUAACAAGGUAUUUGCGAGAUUAUUUAGAGGGCAAGAAGCGCAUGACCUUGCUUUUAACAGCAAAGUCAGGAGAGGAUGAUUAUCUCGAUACUUCUCACCUACUUAGACAGGCCUCUCCUUACAUGCAAAUCAAGUAUAAUAUAGUUGAACCAUCAAAUAUGGUUCCCAAAAAAAGGCAUCAUCAACCUUCUUCCGUAAUUGAUAAUGCAAAGCAAUUGCCUUCAUUAGCACAUUUAAAGAGAAUGAGACUCGUUAGUGAACAUACUGUGCAGAAUGAUGAAAAGGGUGUUGAUGAAUGUAUCACUUCGAAGAAAGUGUGUAAAUUAGAUGCUAGCAGUUCUGUCUCUUUAAAGUUGGAGUGUGAUAGCCACUCUGGGAAUGAUAGAAGUCACAUUAUAAUGAGGAAUUUUGCAAGAGUCUUAUGGAAUGUAUUGAAGGAAUAUAAUUCCAAACUGAAGGUUGCGGAAAGCAAAAUACUAAGUCUCAAUGAAAGCAUAGGAUACGAAAAGAAAAAAAAUAUAGAGUUGGAAACGCAGCUGAAUGAGUUUAGGGCUGCCUGUUGUUGCAAAGGAGGAAACGAAAAAAUCGAUACUGAAGACUGUUCAUCAGUUGAUCAUGAUCACCCACAUAAUUUGGACCAAGAGAAAAGGAUUGAUGCAGCGUCAGCAUCUGAGCUUAUAAUUGACGAUUCAGAUGAAGAGCUUACACUGGGUACUACUAAUUCAGAGUUAGAUUAUAAAGAAUCAGAAAGGAAACUUUCAGUCUCCUCAACAGAGUCAGGAUAUCAUAAUGCUUUGAAGCUUGAUGAUGUAAGCAAGGAAACAUUUCAUGCAGAGUUAUCAUCUCUUCCGAGACUUGAACAGUCAGAUGACGAGCAUCCACGUCAUCAUUUCAUUGAUUACGAAAAAUCAGAUUGGGAACCCUCGGACUUCUUGUCGAAUUUGGGGCACCAUAAUGCUGUGGAGGUGGAUGUUGUGAGCAAGAUAUCUAGUGAAACAAUUGACUCAGAGUCAGCAUCUGAGCCUAUAAUUGACCAGUCAGAUGAAGAGUAUACACCGGGUACUACGAAUGCUGAGUUAGAUUCUAAAGAAUCAGAAAGGAAACUUUCAGUGUCCUCAACAGAGUCAGGACAUCAUAAUAAUGCUUUGGAGGUGGAUGUUGUGAGCAAGAUAUCUAGUGAAACAUUUAAUGCAGAGUCAUCAUCAGAGCCGGUACUUGACCAGUCAAAUGCUGAGCAUAUGCUUUGUACUACAUGUUCAGAGUUAGAUUAUGAAAAACCGGAAAGGAAACUCUCUGUCUCGUUGUCAAAGCCAGGGCAUUCUAAUGCAUUGGAGGUUGAUGCUGCAGACAAGAUACCUUGUGAAACAUUUCAUUUAGAGUCAUCAUCUCAGCCAACACUUGAACAGUCAGAUGAAGAGCAUAUGCUGGAUUUUACUAGUACGAUUUUAGAUUCUGAUAACUCCGAAAGGGAAGUCUCUGCAUCGUUAUCAAAGCCAGAAAUUUGUAAGGCUUUUGAAGUUGAUGCUGUGAGGAAGGUACCUAAGGAAACAAUUCAUUUUGAGUCAUCAUCUCAGCCAACACUUGACCAGUCGGAUGAAGAGCACAUGCUUGGUUCUACUAGUACGAUUUUAGAUUCUGAAAACUCCGAAAGGGAAGUGUCUGCAUCCUUAUCAAAGCCAGAAAUUUUUGAAGUUGAUGCUGUGAGGAAGGUACCUAAGGAAACAUUCAGUGCAAAGUCAUUAUCUAAGCCUAGAAUUGACCAUUCGGAUGAAGAGCAUGUGCUCGGUGCCACCUGUACGACGUUAGACUCUGAAAUAUCAGAUAGGGAAGUCUUGGUCUCUUCUUCAGAGCCUGUGCAUGAUAAUUCUUUGGAGGUUGAUGCUGUGAGCAAGAUACCUAGUGAAACAUUUCACACACAGUCAUCAUCAGAGCCUAGACUUAACCUCUCAAGUGAAGAGCCGACGAUUGGACCUUCUUGUACACAAUUCGUGUCUGAAAAAUCAGAUAGUUUAGUCUUGUGUGUUUCGUCCUCCUCGUCAAAAUCAGGGGAUCAUAAUGAUUUGGAAGUAGAUGCUAAGAGCAAGAUACCGAGUGAAUUGUUCGGUUCUUCUUUAUCAACAAAAAUUGACAUUUUGGAUCCUUCAUCGCCCAAAGAUGUUUCAUCUACUAAAGCCCAGACUGAUAAAGGAGUCAAUAACUCCCGUAAACCUCCUAGGCCGAAAAGGACACUUAUGCCUUCCUCAUCCAUGUUAUCAAGAAACUUGAGCACCUUUGAUCUUUUUGACGAAACCGAUAAAUUGAAGGGGAAUAGAAGCACAAGGAAAUUGGGUGCACGUGAUGAUCCUAAAAGAUCAAAUGGAAGUAUCUCUCUGCUCAAUUUGCUCCAACAGAGAAAAAGCAAUAUUCGUCACUAGGGUAGCCAUCAAAUUCUUUUUGUAGAAAAUGCAAAAACAUUAAUUAUGCCUGAGACAAGGAACUGAUGUCUGGAGUUAUAUGUUCGUAUGCGGUUGAUGACGACUUGCCGUUUUGGAAUGUAUGUUAUGCCUUAUAGUAAUUUGUUAAUUUAGUUAUUUGAAUUCAUUAGUUACUGCUAACAAGUCAGUUGUUCACUUUUUUGUAAGUUAUUAAGCACAUUUUAGUGGUA